AUUUCCUCAACGUUUACAUUCUCAUUCUAGUUAAUGUUUACUAUUAUAUGUCUUUGAGGACGUACUGUAGUAUACCUUCAACAUUUUCGCCUGCAGGGUACAAAUUCGUUAGACCAAUACCUGAACGAUAAAUUACCAUAUUUCAUAGAUCGUACAAUAACGAGCUCAUUAUCUCAUUAUGUUCUAACCAGUCGUUCUCAGGGAUUAAAGCAGUCUUUCUUGGUAAUGCUGGUCAUGCUCGUCAUGCUGGUACACCUGGUACUGGUCCUGUUGCAGUUGUGAAAAUGGUAGCAGUGGUAGCAGUCGCCGAAAGUGAAAUGUGUUUUUGCGUAUUUCAUGAUGUUCGUGGUGUACGUUAAUUGCGAAAGACAACGUUUUAUUAAAAUUCUGUACCCUUAAAAUGCAUUCUAUCGAAGAAUUGGGAACAAACGUUCCCGCAUUUCUGGUCAAACUCUGGAAGAUAGUCGAAGAUCCAGAAACCAACGACUUGAUAUGUUGGAGUGCGGGUGGGACAAGUUUCGUGAUUAGAAACCAGGCUCGUUUUUCCAGAGAACUUUUGCCUAUGUAUUAUAAACACAACAAUAUGGCCAGCUUUGUGAGGCAGCUAAACAUGUAUGGUUUCCACAAAGUUAUGUCAAUUGAAGCUGGUGGGCUUAAAGUAGACAAGGAUGAGAUGGAGUUUGCUCAUCAGUUUUUCCUAAUGGAACAUCCAUAUCUUCUGGAGCAUAUCAAGCGCAAGAUACCUACAAGCAAGGUGGAGGAAGGACGCACAGGCACAAAACCUGAAUUGAUGAACAAGGUCUUGGCAGAUGUGACAAGCAUGAAGGGGCGACAGGAUUCUUUAGACUCACAGCUUAGUACUAUGAAACGGGAAAAUGAAGUUCUGUGGCGUGAAGUUGCAAUCCUCCGAGAGAAACACAGGAAGCAACAGCAGAUUGUCAACAAGCUAAUACAAUUCCUGGUGACGAUGGUGCAGUCCUCAAGGAAUGGAGGAAUUGGUAUCAAAAGACGUUACCCAUUAAUGCUGAACGAUACUUCACACCGUCCCAGCAAAAUAUCCCAACUUAGUGAAGAGCUUUGUAAUCUCAAUUCUGCCCCUGCAACUCUCUCACCAGCUGGACCAGUGAUUCAUGAGCUAGAUACAGUGGAACAAAUUGAAGACUGUGAAGCAAACCCAGAGAAAACUUCUGAAAAGGAGACAUUUCUUCCCUCAGAUUUUUGCAAUGUUGUGAUUAGUGAUGAUGGCCGUCAAAACUCAACUGCCCACUUAAAACCCUAUGAACCACCUCCAGGCAGUCCUGAGUCUAUUACAAAUAACCCGAACACCGAAGUAUUUUUUGAGCUGGUAGACGAAUGCCCACUGAGUCCAAGUUUGUUGUUAACUGCUUCACCAAUGGAUGUUACUCCAGCUAUUGAGUCACCAAAAUUGCCCAAGGGUAAGGGUAGGGCAAGGGCAAGCAGUGCUAAGAAAAGAAGGUUGAGAAGAACUAAUUCAAAUCCCAAAACAUCUGUUAAUGCUGCUUCAGCCACUCCCAGCACAUUUACCAAAGCGUUGCCUACUGUAGCUCAAGAGGGAGCUGAUCUUCUAGACAUGGUUCUGCCUACAACAGUUGAUCUUGAUACAAAUAUAAAUAAUGAAUUGGUAACUGAUGUUGAAGUUAGCGAGGCUUUAUUGAAUCCUGAUUCUUUGGAAUGUGCUACAAAUGCAGCAAUAUCAGCCAUCAGUAAAAUGGCAAGCAAAAACAAGGCCUUGAAACCUUCAGAGUCCUUAGGCAGCAGAAGUAUUUCUAAAUCUUCACUAGAUGGAAUUUUGCCAGCAUCAGAUGUCACAAGUAAAAAACACACUAGUACAGAUCUCUCUGAAAGUGCCAUGUCAGAUGGGGAUGCCAGUAAUAUACUUGACACUAGUGACUUGAUAAGAUUUAAGCAGGCACCAUCAACUUCAAGUGACAAGAUUGGAUCUCCAUGUAACAUGAUCCUAGCCUGCACUGGAAAUAAUUCUGAAGAAAAGCGUUUCGACAGGAGUGAACUGGAUUCACAUGUGGACUCUGUGCAAAAUGACCUGGACAGCCUAAGAGAACUUCUUAAAGGAGAGGGAUACAGUUUGGAUGCCAACACUUUGUUGGGGGUAUGUCCUGCUAUACCUGCCUUCGAGCAAGACUUCUUUAAGCUGUUUGGUGAAGAUCCAUUUCCUGCAACAACAUUUGAGAACCUGGUUGAAGAGCGGGAUAAUCAAAGCACUACUGGUGGUGAACUGGCAACAUACUCAACAAAUCUCUUAGACAUGGUGGACAUGUUUGAGGGCCAUGAGGUAGAUGAAUGGCGUUCACCAUCUACUCCAGAAUCGAACAGUGCUGUGGAUAUUAGUUUAAGUGAAUUGAACACUCCCCAGAUGACAGUUCAGAGUCCCAGUGCUAAACAAAUAAAGUAAAUAUUCUGUAUAAUGUAUUUGAUUUCAAACAUUAUGUAAAAUUAUUCACAUAAUCUUUAAUAUUGUUACGGAUCUGAGGUGUGGAAUAAAAUACAUUCUCUUGAUUUUGUGUAAAUAGGAAUAUAAUGGUAAAACAAAAAGCUUGUUAUCCAAAACGAGCAGACUGAUGUGUAUGAUAAAAAUAACUGCUUCGUUUAUGUGCUUUGGAUGUAUGAACAUUUGUGUGUAUAUAUGAUAUAUG